AUGAAAUCACUAGGAAUUGAGUUGGUUCGAGACUCAGUCUCAAGAUACAGUGGGACGAAGAGAGUAGCUACGGAGCUUCCUCCACUAAUAUGGAACUCUUUCGAAGAUCUUGAAGAAACUGCGAUUACCAAACUGCGUCAACAAUUCCAAAUCCCAAUCUUUCCAAUAGGUCCAUUUCACAAGCAUAAUAACAGCACUGCGCCCUCUUCAAUAACAAGCAUGAUCGCCGAAGACCACAGCUCCAUUUCCUGGCUAGACAAACACCGCCCCAAAUCCGUGAUCUACAUAAGCUUCGGCACCAAUGCUGCGAUGGCGGAGGUGGCCCGGGGCCUCGCCGGCAGCGGGCAUCCCUUCUUGUGGGUCAUGCGGCCGGGCGGCCUAACACGCGGCGAGCCGCUGCCGGAGGGCUUCCUCGAGGGGCUGAAGGGGAGAGGGCGUAUCGUGAAAUGGGCCCCACAGGCGGAGGUGCUCGCGCACCCUUCUGUGGGGGCCUUUUGGACGCACUGUGGGUGGAACUCGACUCUGGAGAGCGUGUGCGAGGGCGUGCUGAUGAUCUGCACGCCCCGCUUCGCCGAUCAACCGGUGAAUGCGCGGUACGUGAGCCAUGUUUGGAGGGUCGGGCUGCAGUUGGAUGGUGGGCUGAGCAGGGAGAAGGUUGAGAGGGCUGUGAGGAGGGUGAUGGAGGAGAGAGAAGGGGUGGAGAUGAGAGAGAGGGCUAGGGUUUGUGUUAGGCCAGCAAAUUGGUGAAUUUUAUUUCAUUUUUCUGAAUUUUUUUUUAAUUGUUGCAAUUUUGUUUUGUUAAUUUUGAUAUGUAUGUUUUG